AUGGCGGGCAUCGUCCUGGCACUCUGCUGCUGCCCCGGGAGCGCUCAGGUGGCUCUGCCGGGCUACCCCGAGGAGCCGGGGCUCAGCCUCUACCCGCCCUACUUCAACCUGGCGGAGACAGCCCACAUUUGGGCCACGGCCACCUGCGGCCAGGACGAGAGCCGGAGGCCACGCCUGGAGCUCUACUGCAAGCUAGUCGGGGGCCCCGCGGCCUCCCCCGCGGGCCAAACCAUCCAGGGCCAGUUUUGUGACUAUUGCAAUGCUGCUGAUCCCAAUAAAGCCCACCCAAUAACCAGUGCUGUGGAUGGGACAGAACGUUGGUGGCAGAGUCCUUCUCUCUCCCAAGGUUUGAAGUAUGAUGAAGUAAAUGUCACUUUAGAUCUAGGACAGUUCUUUCAUGUGGCCUAUAUCCUCAUCAAAUUUGCAAACUCUCCUCGUCCAGAUCUGUGGGUGUUAGAAAGAUCGGUAGACUUUGGAAGAACUUACACACCGUGGCAAUUUUUUGCUUAUUCUAAGACAGACUGCUGGGAACAUUUUGGAAAGGAGGCUAAUGUUCGUGUUAGAAAGGAUGAUGAUGUCAUAUGCACUACAGAAUAUUCCCGGAUUGUGCCUUUAGAAAAUGGUGAGAUUGUGAUAUCAUUGGUUAAUGGUCGUCCAGGAGCAAAUAAUUUCACCCACUCUUCUGCACUUAGAGAAUUUACUAAGGCAACAAAUAUCCGAUUACAUUUCCUCAGAACCAAUACUCUUCUUGGACACUUGAUAUCUAAAGCUCAACGGGAUCCCACAGUGACUCGCAGAUAUUACUACAGUAUAAAAGACAUCAGCAUUGGUGGACAAUGUGCUUGCAAUGGACAUGCUGAUGUCUGUGAUUCAAAAAGUGACCAGAGCCCAUUCAGGUAUCAAUGUGUAUGUCAGCACAACACUUGUGGGGAAACCUGUGACCACUGCUGUGUUGGAUAUAACCAGAGAGAAUGGCAACCUGCAACAGCCACCAGCACAAAUCAGUGUGAACCCUGCAACUGUCACGGGCAUGCCAGUGAUUGCUAUUAUAGUCCUGAGGUUGAACAGCGUAAAGAGAGCUUAAGUCUCUCUGGACAUUAUCAAGGUGGAGGAGUUUGCAUCGACUGCCAGCACAACACAGCUGGUGUAAAUUGUGAGAGAUGUUCGAAGGGCUAUUAUCGUCCUUAUGGUGUUCCGGUGACAGCGCCAAAUGGAUGUAUACCUUGCAGUUGUAAUCCAGAACAUUCUAAUGGCUGUGAGGAAGGAUCAGGUCACUGCUAUUGUAAACCGAAUUAUCAGGGCAAGCACUGUGACCAGUGUGCUGAAGGAUACCAUGGUUUUCCUUUCUGUGACCGGACUUCUGUUUAUCCUCCUGCUACUCCAAGUCCUGAAGAUCCUUCAGCUGGUCAUAUACUUGGUUGUUGGUGCUCUGGCUCUGGCGUAUUAGACAGCAGUGAUUGUGACAGAAGAACAGGACAAUGCAGAUGCCGUGUUGGGUUUCAGGGGAUUGCCUGUGAUCGCUGUGCAGUGGGGUAUUUCCAUUACCCUUUCUGCCAAACUUGUCAGUGUUCAGCCGAUGGCUCCUACCAUGACACGUGCGAUUCAGCAACAGGGCAGUGUGAAUGUCGACCAGGAAUUGCAGGUCAGCAGUGUGACAGAUGUCUUUCAGCAGCCCACUCCUUUCCUCAUUGUCUAGGUGUCGGCAGUGAGUGUGAUCCUGCUGGAACUCUUGAUUCAUAUUCUGGCUAUUGCCAGUGUCUGCAAAAUGUAGAAGGUCCAGGCUGUAGUAUCUGCAAACCACUAUACUGGAAUCUAGCUAGAGAAAACCCUGAUGGAUGCAUAGAGUGCCAGUGUGCUGCAGAUGGAACUCUGAGUGGAGUUAGAGAAUGUCAGCAGGUGGAUGGCAGUUGUUACUGCAAACCAAAUGUUUGUGGCGACUCGUGUGAUACUUGUGAGGAUGGUUAUUACAGUCUUGAAGGAUGGAAUUAUUUUGGAUGCCAAGGAUGUCAAUGUGAUGUGGGAGGGUCUGUGAGUCAUGUGUGCAAUGAUCACUCAGGUGCUUGCCAGUGCAGAAGACACAUUGUUGGAAAGUCCUGCAAUGAGCCUGAAAAGAACUACUAUUUUCCUGACUUGCAUCACCUGAGGUUCGAAAUUGAAGAUGGAACAACUCCAAGUGGAAGAAGAAUCCGUUUUGGAUAUGAUCCUCAAGAAUUCCCUGAUUUUAGCUGGAGAGGUUAUGCACAGAUGUCCUCUAUACAAAAUGAAGUGAGGAUAACUUUGAAUGUGGAGAAAUCAAACCUCUAUUUAUUUCAUAUUAUCUUGAGGUAUAUUAAUCCUGGAACUGCAGUAGUAUCUGGCCUCAUAAGCACUUAUCAGUCUCGGUCUCAGACAGGGACUACUCAGACCAAAGACGUUAUGUUCAUGCCCAGCAGGGAGCCGGUGUUUGUAACCGUCCCGGGAAAGAGCUCUGCAGAUCCAUUUUCACUUGCCCCUGGAACUUGGAUUUUUAUAAUCACGGCAGGCGGAGGAGUUCUCCUGGACUAUCUGGUGCUCUUACCUAGUGACUACUAUGAAGCAUCCAUCUUACAGUUGCCAGUUACAGAGCCUUGCACAUAUACAAGACGUGCUGCAAUAGAUAAUUGUCUGGAGUACAAACAUUUGCCACUGGACAGAUUUUCUUGUGUGCUUGGUUCGGAAGUAACAUUUUUCCUGCAUGGAGGAGAGUACAGGAAAGUAGUUUUCCAACCACCAACGUCCCAGCAUCCAGUAAUGUCACAUAUUAGUGGUCAAGAGGUGGAUUUGAACAUAAGACUAAAUGUUCUCCAAGUCAGCCGCUAUGUGGUAGUCCUGGAGUAUGUUAAUGAACACGAUCAAGUAUAUGUUGCUGAUGUAAAGAUUAAAGACCCUGAGGAAGUGAUGGAGGCAAAGGUGUAUAUAUACAGCUGCAAAUAUAGCUUCCUGUGCCGCAGUGUUGUGGUUGAUGCCAUGAAUCGAGUGGCAGUGUAUGAUCUUUUGGCCGAUGCAAAGUUACACCUCCAUGCGCCAUCACUAGAUUUCUUCCUGCACAAAAUUUGCAUUAUUCCUGCAGAAAGUUUUUCCCUAGAGUACAUGGAACCCAAAGUGCAUUGCAUUGCAGCUUAUGGCCCUGCACCUGAUUCAAGUGCCUCAUGCGUCCCCUCACAAGAUGAAACACCUCCAUUUGCCUUGGUUUUGGAUGCUCAGAGGGAUGGGAAAGUUGUAGAAGCAGAAAGCAAUGCCGUCUAUCAGGGUUCAGGGAGUUCUUCAUCACUGUCUUCACACCUAGCUAGUGGAGUAACUUUGACAUCUUCACAGAACCAAAUUACUCUGAGUGGCAGAGUGACAUAUUUGGGCAGAUAUGUGUUCAUCAUCCAUUUUUACCAACCAGAGAGCCCAACAUUUCCUGUGCCUGUUAUUGUGGAUGCAGGGCACAUUUGGUCAGGCUCCUUUAAUGCUUCAUUUUGUCCACAUAAUGCUGGAUGCCGGGAUCUGGUGAUGGCAGAGAAUCAGAUUGAACUUGAUAUCCCUCAACAUGAAUUCUCAGUAAUGUUGAAAGUUCCCAGUGGAAAAAUACUAGUUUUGGAACGUCUCUUGGUUAUUCCAGCAGAAAGUUACAGUUACACGCUUCUUCACAAAGACACUGUUGACAAGUCAUUUGCUUUCAUCAACCAAUGUGGUGGAAACAGUUAUCAUAUUAACCCCAUAACUUCCUCGGAAUUUUGUAAAAAUUCUGCAAGGUCCCUUGUGGCUGCCUACAACGAUGGAGCUCUGCCUUGCAGUUGCCACAGAAAUGGUGCCAUGAGUCCUACUUGCAGUCCCAUAGGGGGACAAUGCAGCUGCAAACCCAACAUCAUUGGUCGGCGAUGUAACAAGUGCCAGACGGGCUAUUAUGGAUUUCCAUUUUGCAAGCCAUGCAGUUGUGGGCGGCGCCUUUGUGACGAUGUAACUGGGAGAUGUAUCUGUCCUCCUCAAACCGUUAAACCCAGAUGUGAAGUGUGUGUGAAGCAGCACUUCAGCUACCACCCACUUGCUGGCUGUGAGGCAUGCAACUGCUCAAACAAAGGGAUUGUCAAUGCAGCAUAUCCAGAGUGUGAUAAAAUUGAUGGGCAGUGCAAAUGCCGCCCAGGGAUAACUGGUCGACAGUGUGAUCGAUGUGCCUCUGGUUCCUAUGGUUUUCCUGACUGUAGACCCUGCAAAUGUGACAGAAGUGGAACAGAACCUGACAUCUGUAAUCCAGAGACAGGAGUUUGCCUCUGUAAGGAGAAUGUUGAAGGUAUGCAGUGCAAUAUGUGCCGUCCUGGGUCAUUUUACUUGGAUUCCACUAAUCCAAAGGGUUGCACCACUUGCUUUUGUUUCGGAGUAACCAAUAACUGUCGCAGUACAAAUAAACGUACAGUUAAGUUUGUUGAUAUGAGGAACUGGCACCUAGAAGAAAUGGAUGGUACAGACAUUCCUAUCAGUUUCAAUCCGAGCAGCAACAGUGUUGUUGCUGAUGUUCAAGAGUUGCCUUCCUCUGUGCAGAAUUUGUACUGGGUGGCACCACCAUCUUAUUUGGGAGAAAAGCUUUCUUCAUAUGGUGGCUACGUGAGUUAUCAGGUGAAAACCUUUGGCUUGCCCAGUGAAGGCAUGACUUUAUUGGAAAAAAGACCUGAUGUGCUGCUAAUGGGAAAGCAGCUGAAAAUAAUCUAUGUGGAUCCCAACAGUCCUUCACCUGGCAGACAGUAUUAUGGAUCAGUUCAACUAGUUGAGGGAAACUUCAGACAUGCAAACACCAAUAAGCUGGUAUUUCGAGAAGAGCUGAUGACAAUCCUGUCUAGACUGGAUGGAUUACACAUCAGAGGGCUGUAUUUCACAGAAUCUCAGCGGUUAACAUUGGGUGAGGUUGGACUGGAAGAAGCCAGCGGGACAGGAACUGGCAACAUUGCCUAUAAUGUAGAGACCUGUUCCUGCCCUCCUCAGUAUGUUGGUGAUUCAUGUCAGGAGUGCAGCCCUGGAUUUUAUCACGAGAGCAAAGGCUUAUUUGCAGGACGGUGUGUUCCUUGCAAUUGUAAUGGAAACGCAAACACAUGCCAGGAUGGCUCUGGAACUUGUAUUAACUGCCAACGUAAUACCGUGGGGGAGAAAUGUGAACAUUGUAAAGAAGGUUACUUUGGAGAUGCCAGUCAAGGAACGUGCAGGGAAUGUCACUGUCCUUAUUCAAACAGCUUUGCUGUUGGCUGUGUGGAAAAUGGUGGAGAAAUGCAGUGCGUCUGCAGAGAAGGAUAUACUGGAGUGCACUGUGAAAGCUGUGCUCCUGGUUAUUUUGGAAACCCACUGAGAUAUGGAGGAUACUGUCAGAAGUGUAAUUGCCCUAAUAAUGGUCAACUUUCAAGCUGUGAUCGCCUGACUGGGGAAUGCAUAAGUCAAGAACCAAAAGAUGUAGAACGUCAGGAAGACUGUGAUUCUUGCGAUAGCUGUGUAAUUACUUUGCUGAAAGAUCUGAGUACGAUGGGUGAUGAGCUCCAUCUGAUUAAGUCCCAGAUGCAGAGUCUCAACACCAAUGUCCAUGCACUGGAACAAAUGAAGAAUCUGCAAAACCGUGCCAAGGACCUAAAGGCUCAGUUGAACCAUUAUCGUUCUACUGUUAAGACUCAGAGCACAAAAGUGGAUGAACUGGAGACAGACUUGAUUGACCUUAAUCAAAAUGUUAAUGCUUUAAGAGAAAAGGCUGAAAUGAAUUACAGAAAAGCAGAGACACUGUUUAAUAAUUUUAGUAAGACCAACCAAAGGGGGAAAGACUUGAUUUCAAAGAUACAAAGUGUUGUCACCAAUGUUAAUGUUCUCCUGGAACAGAUAGCUGGUAUUUCUGCAGAAGGAAAUUCUUUGCCUGUGGGAGAUGCCGCCAAAGACCUUGCUCGAGCUCAGCAAAUGGUCACAGAGAUGCGAAACCGCUAUUUUGGUCAAGAGCAGCUAGAAGCAGAAAAGGAGAAAAGAAGAGCUGAGAAUUUGCUGGAUCGUGUAAGAAAUGAACUACAAAAACAUCAGGAGAAAAACCAAGGGCUAAUUAAAAUGAUAAGAGAUUCAUUAAAUGGUUUUGAAUCCAAACUCAAUGAUCUCCGUGAAUCUUUGAAGGAAGCAAAAGAGAAAACCAAACUGGCUGAAAGUUUGAAUGGAGAGAAUAAAGUCCUCUUGGACAAUAUUAAGAAACGGACUGAAGAUAUGAGUAUUCAACAGAACAAUAUCUUCGAUCAUCUGAGUUCUGCUGAAGCAGCUUUGUCUCAAACAAACAGUGUAUUUGAAUUGCUGCAGAGGAGUAAGGAGGAAUAUGAAAAUUUAGGGGCCCAGUUUGAUGGUGCAAGGAAGGAUCUAUUGGAAAAGCUGAGGAGCCUUUCUUUAGCUGGCAGCAAGACUUCUCUUGUGGUGAGGGCUGAAGAACACGCCAACUCUUUACAAGACCUGGCAAGGCAGCUGGAUGAGCUCAAGAAAAACGCAAGUAAUGAUGAUCUGGUGAGGUGUGCUGUGGAAGCCGCUUCUGCCUAUGAGAAUAUUAUCAGUGCCGUCAAGGCAGCCGAGGCAGCCGCCAACAGAGCAGCCAAUGCCGCGGAUUCUGCUUUAGCUACAAUGGACAAAAAUGAUCUGCCAGGGAAAGCCAGGAGACUGAAGACUGACAGCAGCAAUCUGUUAGAUCGAGCACAGAAGGCCCAAAAGACAUUAGAAGGAAUCAAUCCUGCACUUGAACAAGUAAACAGCAGAGUUGGGGAUGCUCAACGCAGGAAAAAUUCCAUCCAGGGAGAACUUGCAACCUUCCAAAAUGACCUUCAGGGGAUAAACAGAGAAGAGAUAGACAGCAUGAUUACAAAUGCAAAGAACAUGGUCCAAAAUACCAACGAAGUUACUGCCAAUGUACUAGAAGAACUGGAACCAAUUAAAACAGAUGUUGAAAAUAUAAAAAACACAUAUGAAAGCAUGCAUAGUGCUGACUUCAACGCAGCUUUGGUAGAGGCAAACAAUUCAGUAACAAAUUUAACAAACAUCCUCCCGGAUCUAUUUAACAAGAUUACAAGCAUCAAUGAACAACUUAUGCCAAUAGGUAACAUAUCUGAGAAUCUAAACCGCAUCAGAGAGCUCAUCCAACAAGCUAGAGAUGCUGCAAACAAGGUUGCUAUUCCCAUGAGAUUCAAUGGCAGUGCUGGGGUUGAAGUUCGACCUCCAAGCAUUCUUGAGGACCUGAAAGGCUAUACGUCCCUUUCUUUGUUUCUUCAAAGACCUACCUCAAGGUUGGAUACCCCACAAACUUCCAACAUGUUUGUUAUGUACCUGGGUAACAAAGAUAGUUCCAAGGACUAUAUAGGCAUGGCUGUUCGGCGCAGCCGUCUUAUUUGUGCCUAUAGUUUAGGCGGCAAUGAAGCUGAAAUUGAAGUGUCUGAACCAGUGUAUCAGAGUGAGAUCAAGGAUGCCAUUUUGGAUCAUGUGAAAUUUGAGAGAAUCUACCAGUAUGCAAAGCUGAAUUACAUUAAAGGGGCAACCUCAUCUUCAUCCACAAGCCUUGGCCCUUUUAAUAGCAACAGUGGAAGUAGUCACACCCUCCUCAGCCUGGAUCCUGACAACGUGGUCUUCUAUGUGGGAGGAUACCCAGAAGACUUUAUACCUCCUAGCACCCUAGACUACCCUCGUUAUGAAGGCUGCAUUGAAUUAGAUAGUUUAAAUGAGAGAGUAAUCAGCCUUUACAACUUCAAGAGGACUUUUAAUCUCAAUACAACAGAAGUGCAACCAUGCAGAAGAUAUACAGAACAGUCAGCUAAAACUUAUUUUGAAGGUACAGGCUAUGCUCAUGUUACACCUUUGCCAAGUACACCUUCAUCAAGUGUUCGAUAUGAGCAAACUAUUCAAACAACUGCAGAUGAAGGACUGGUAUUUUUUGCAGAAAGCCAGGAUGACUUCCUUAGUUUAAGGAUUGAAAACGGUAAACUAGUAAUCAGGUGCAAAGUUGGUUCAGAACCUCCAAAAGAAAACCGGUCUGCAGAGGUUGUGAAUAACGGAAUGGAUCAACCAAUUGGUAUAGUCAUUGUUCAGAAAAAGAUUGUCCUGGUUUUAAAGUCUGCACAACCUUUAGAAUUAGAUAAUGUAACUUUAUUUCGUUUUGAUUCUUAUUAUUUGGGAGGAAUCCCUACAUCUCUAAGAGAACGCUUUAAUAUAUCAACACCUCCAUUUCGUGGAUGCAUGAUGAAUUGGAGAACCUCUUUUCUUGUGAGGACUGGAACUUUUUUCAAGCAUGGAAUACUUGAUCUGAGUGAUGAUGGUUUCCCAUUUCCAAAUGAUUUCCAAGUUGGAUUUGGAUUUUACACAUUGGCGCUGGACGGAACAUUAUUAAAUUACAAUCUACGGCCUGAUAUGCUUUCUGUUCUUCUGAGGAAUGGCUCCGUAAUUGUAAGGUUAGCUGAUGAAGAACACCAGUCUAGCAAGAAAUAUGGAGCUGGUUCAAUGCAUUAUGUAACAGUGAUGAAACAAGGCGACAUACUAAGGUUGCUUGUUGAUGAUGUGCCCGAAUCAACAAUAGAGGGAACUUUUGCAAGGAGAACUUCAAGUCGACCAAUACAAAUGGGUGGGAAUAAUUUUGAAGGUUGCAUUUCCAACGUCUUCAUACAAAGAACAGGACGCAGACCUCGGGUUCAAAAUCUAACGAAUUAUACUCAGAAGAAUGAUGUGUCCUUAGGAUCCUGUAUGAUAAAGAAGCCACCACAGCUGAUGCUGCUGAAAGAAUUAACAGAUGCCUACCAUUUGAAGGUUUUUAAGAAGAAAACACCCACUGUCUACUUGACAGAUGCAAAUAAAAAGCAAAACAGUGACAACUGUCCCUCAGGUGCUCCGUUAAAUUUUGUCACUGGAGCAUAUCACUUUGGCAAUACUCCUGGCACUCAUUUGUUGUUUACAACUUCCAAAAUAUCACCGAGAGACAGGUCUCAUUUUGCAAUUGAGGUACGGUCAUCGUUGUCUGGAGGCUUGAUCUUCUUCAUGGGGGACACACUACAGAACAGUUAUGUGGCUCUUUACCUUUCAAAAGGACGUUAUAUCCUUUCAGUUGCUGGUGAAGAUGGGAGGAAGAUAAAAAUCAAAAGCAAAGCCAAAUACAAUGAUGGACAGUGGCAUAAUGUGGCAUUCGGCAUUGCUGAAAAGAGAGCGCGUCUUGUCAUUGAUGGCUUAAGGGCUCAAGAAGGAAACAUUCCACGUAAUUACUCUGCCAGUAAUGAGUUACCCAUCUAUUUAGGAGGGGUUCCUUCAUUGAGACUGAAGAAUAUACCCAAAAAGAGUUUUGUGGGUUGCUUGAGAAACUUCAAUGCGGGAGGAAAACUCAUGGAUAUUCAUCAUCAGAACAAGGGUGUUCUGCCAUGUUUGGAUAACACAUUGGAAAAUGGAGUCUCUUUCUUCAAUGAAGGGGGACAUAUUGUCAUUGAAAACUCUUUUGCAAUGGGUUUGGAAUAUACAGUCGUAUUUAACAUUCGUCCAAGAAGCUUGACUGGUAUUUUAAUCCACACUGGCAAUAAACAAAGAAACUUCUUAACUGUUUACAUGGAACGAGGCACACUCAUUGCCUCUGGAAAUAAUGGUGCUGGAGAAUUCUCAACGUCCGUCACACCUCAGCAGCCUCUGUGUGAUGGAAAAUGGCACACUGUAGCAGUAACUCAGAAGCAGAACAUUGUGCAUCUAAGUGUAGAUACCAAGAGUAACUACACAAGUGGACCAUCAGCUAUACUUUCUACCAGACCAGCUCAACCACUGUAUUUUGGGAGAGUUCCAGUUAAUUUGAAAACCCCAUGGCUUCCUGUUCAGGAUGUGUUCCUUGGCUGCCUGAAGGAUGUUAAAAUCAAUGAGAAACCUCACUUAGUCAAUAAAAUGUCAGACAUUCAUGGUAUUGUCAGCUUACAAGGGUGCCCUGUCAAUUAACAGUCUAACAUGGAUCUUUUCAGGGUGAAUUCUCUUAAAGUACUGUACAAAUUGCCAAAAUAUGCUUUCACUCCUCCUCAUCCUGUGUUAGUCUUGCGAUUUGUGGACAUCUUGGUUUAAGGAUGUAUAUCUCUGGACCGUGCUCUUGUUAGGCUUCUCAUGAAAUGCUGUUUGCUUUUCAGUGUACAGUUUGCUAUGUGUGACAGAGUCCUUGUGAAAUGCAAAAUGGCCUUGUAUAUGACACAGUCUGUUGAGGUUAUGCUCUCAGCCACAGUGAUGCAUAACUAGAGUGAUUCCAUUGACAUAACAGCCCCAGUCCUGAGGCUGUUGCCAAGACAAGUGCUAUCCAAAUUAGAAUUGGAGGAUAUGGAAAAUGCAAGCAGAACUGCAUAAAGAUAUAAAAAAUUAUGCUGGGUUGCCGAAUCUGUUCUUUUAUACUGAAAAGUUCAUUACAUAAUGACAAAAGUAGCAUGAAUUUGAAGUACUUUAAAAAGAGAGGGAAACCAGAGGUGACAGUCUUC